AUGUCUAGACCGAACGCCGCGUCUAAAAAGUUCUUAGUGAACCAAGCCUUGAAAGCCGAACGAGAUGCAUCUAGUGCUCUUACUCAAGGCCAGGCCCUUGAGUCUGCCAUUGACGCCGCUGAAAACUACAUGAAGGCGCUGAGUCUGACUACCGAGUCAAAGGAUAGACAGGCUCUCGAUGCUAAAUGUAAAGAAUGGCUCACUCGAGCAGAAAGGAUCAAACAGGACAAGGACUGGCAGGCGGUUCUCCAAAUUCAUGAGAAAAGCGGUCUCACGGCGCGUUUCCCCAAAUCCACACGUAAACUUACCACCCGAGAAGAGAUCAUUCUGCUCGAGAGCGCAAAGCUGAACGGCUUUAUCUUUCCUCCAUGGGAAAAUGCGCCGGGCCCCGAGGACUUUGAGAAGGGCGAUGAAGGCCUUUUCACUGACAAGCCAGACCUUCAUCUGUCUAAACUGCAAAGGCGCAUUCUGGCAGGCUGGGAGCGUCCCUUUGAUUUGUUGUCCAAACAUGCAAAUGGUAUCGAUGGCCUGAAGUCAAAAAUGCCUGUAAUGUCGGUCUCGGGCCCCACAGAUCUCGUACAAGAUAUGUUGACCGACUGCUCCGUCGUUGCCAGUCUUUGUGCUGCUACAUCAAGGUCCGAGCGUGGUCUAGAUAAGCACCAUCUUCCCAUAGUCUUCCCCUGUGAAUACGGGCAGGUAAAUCCAAGAAUUUCUCCUUCUGGGAAAUACAUUUUUCGCUUUUAUUUCAAUGGAUGUUUCAGGAAAGUUGUCAUUGAUGAUCGCUUGCCUGCGUCCAAAACAUCAAGAUCACUUCAUGUUGUCGAUCGGAACCAUCCUAACUUCCUAUGGCCGGCCUUUGUAGAAAAGGCAUAUCUGAAACUUCGCGGGGGUUAUGAUUUUCCUGGGAGCAAUUCUGGUACAGAUCUGUGGGUCUUGACAGGUUGGAUUCCCGAGCAGGUUUUCCUUCAUCAAGAUGAUGUGACUGCAGAGCAACUCUGGAGACGGCUAUUCAAACGCUUCCGUAAUGGCGAUGUCCUACUGACGAUAGGUACGGGCAAAUUAACCGAGAGGGAGCAAAAAGAACUAGGCUUUGCGAGCGAACACGACUACGCUAUUUUGGAUAUGAGAGAACAGAGAGACCGUCGCCAAAUGCUUGUAAAGAACCCAUGGGCAGGUGAUGAUGCGAUCACCGGAGAUAUUGCAGACAGUUUCGCACUUGGACACACAUCUCACACCCCUGCGUCCUCUUUACCUAGAACAUAUUGGAUGGAUUGCGAGAGUGUCCUUCAGAAUUUCGAGAAUCUGUAUCUGAACUGGAACCCGGGAAUCUUUCGCUAUCGGGAAGAUAUCCACUUCGCAUGGGACCUUUCGACUGCCAGAGGGGUGGCUGGCUGUUUCGCGAAAAAUCCUCAGUUUGCUGUCACCUCUGAGGUUGGCGGCAAAGUUUGGCUACUACUUGGGAAGCACUUCAGGUCGAUUCAUCAUGACGAACAAACUCAGGUGCCCCAAGACGAUCUGGAACCAGGAUUUAUUAGUAUCUACGUAUUCAACGCAAACGGGAAACGAGUGGCAUUGAGUGAAGGCGCUCUUCAUCGUGGACCAUACGUUGACUCGCCAAAUACUCUCAUGAGACUUGAAAUGCCCCCAGGCACGACCUACACUGUCGUUGUGUCCGAGCAGUCAUUGCCCGCUGUCAGCCAGAACUUCACAUUGUCAGCUCUUUCCGACAACCCUUUACUCUUGGCGCCUGCUCAGAACCGAUACGCUUGCCUGACAAAAACUCAGGGAUUGUGGAUGCCCUCCACGGCAGGAGGAAACGCCGAAUCUGCCCGUUACCCUUUCAAUCCCCAGUUCCGACUAGAGGUUCAUGACGAUACAGAUAUCUCCAUCCUGCUGGAACCAUCGGAGCCGGAGCUCGCUACGCAUGUCAAGUUAUUCUGGUCCAAUGGAGAGCGUGUGACUAGGGUUCGGAAUCGCGAUAUAAUCACCGAUAGCGGUGACUACCGGCGUGGCGGGUCUCUUGCGGAAAAAAAGAGACUUGGCGAAGGAGUGUACACUCUCGUCUGUUCAACUUUCGCCCCGGACCAGCUUGGACGAUUCACACUCUGGAUUUCGUCAGCACUACCGUGCGUCGUUAAGCCGCUUGCGCCGGAGGCAGCUGGGCGACGGGCGGUCAUAUCAGAUAUUGGAAUCCUGACUCCUGGAAAAGAUCGGAUGCUGGCUUCCUUGGAGACCAAGCGCUUGACCCGCAUUAAACUGAUAGGACGGAGCAGACUGUCUACGAUCGGGAAUCGCGCCGUUGGCCCGUCCCCGAUGUUGAUGACAGUAGAGCUGGGUCAAGGGCCGUACAAAGAAAUACUGGCUACCUCUGAAGAUGGAAACCACAGUGAUGCGAUAUCUGGAGUACGAAUUGAGGAUUUCGAUCUGCAUCCGGGUCUCGCAGAUCAGGGUGGGGCCUGGAUAGUCAUUGAGAGAAUCGGGGGACCUGGGGGACAAGUUGAGGACCACUUUGAAGUUGAAGCUUUGGCCGAGGAGCGGGUGGAUAUCGGCGAAUGGAUCGUCGAGGAUGCAUGA